AUGACCGUGAAGCUUUGGCUAGGAGUUCUCCUGGGCUUUGCAACAAUUGCUGGACUAGUGCUUACACUAACUGUGUUGUAUGCUGUAAUAAAGCUGGGUAUAAUCACAAAGAAGAACCCAAUCUAUGUUAUUUCUGCUGCUAAUAUGAUGUGUGAUACAAUUCAGCUACUGCUGGCACUUCUCUACCUCGCACCUUCAAUAAUAUUCGACGAUUGGAUUUUCAAAGGUGGUCGACGCGGUGUAAUGGUGGAAUUAUUGAGCGCAACAUUCCUCGCAUGUUGGUAUUAUGGUUCAGUUGCUCAGAUACUAAUGGCCGUGAAUCGCCUGGUUGUCGUAUGUUUCCCUACAAACUCGAUAUUUUCAAUGAGGAACGUCUCUAUUUUCGUUAUAAUACUGCUGCGUACCAUCCAAUUAAUGGCGAUUACUUUCAGAUUCAGCUUCGAUCACAAGUUUCUGUCUUAUUCCUAUACAUCCAUAGAGGAUGUUUUCAACUAUUCCAAUAGCUAUAUCGAUCUACCAUUAAACUCAUCAUCAUCAGCAAUCUGUGCUAUCUGCUAUACCUAUGUAGGUUGGCGCGGUAUCCCCUCCGCAGGUAUGUGUAUUACUGCUAUAUGGAAGACUUACCGUAAUCGCCACGUAUUUUCCAGAUAUGCUCUUCAAUUCUGUGCCAUCUCAAUGUUCUAUCUUGGGGCGUGGGUGACAUUCCGAGUAUUCCCAGUCUUGAUCGGAGAUAGAGGUGUAGAAUAUUUUAUCGUCGUUUCGAUGUGUGUCACGGUAAAUUCGUCAGCUAACGCCUUCGUCUACAUAACAUCGAAUCAGGAGGUUUGCCUUGCUGGUUUUUAA